AUGGCCUCCUCAGCUGUCACAACUGUCAACAACAACUAUCCACUGGCCAUGAGAAGCAUUCCACAACGGACGAAAAUCUCCAUAAGAGCCUUCGCCGAAUCCAUAUUGUGGAUACAGUGGGCGAUAAUCUUUUGCCUUGCCAUCAUCGUUUGGGCCUUGGAGGCGCAACGGCAGGCAUGUCUUUACAGACCGACAAUGGUUCUAGCGGGGGCCCGAACCCGGUCAACCAUCGAGCCGCUGGUCCCUGACCAUGUCACCGUGGCCCGAGAGCCCCUGAACUAUGGCUACUACGUGCCCGAGCCGAUCCCCUACGACAUCUUCAGCAAUGUGUCACUGAUGGAGCAGCGACUAGCAGAACUAGAGUACACCAAUGUCGGCACAGGGGUGAAGGCCAACUCACAAUACGGCGUCUAUAUUGACGACUCGGGCAGGCAACAAUUUCUUUACCCCAAGAUCACCAUCAACAACACUGAGGCCUAUGUCAUAUCAGGCUUGCACCAGAUGCACUGCCUGAUGGAGAUGCUCCGUGAUUAUGGGCUGCUCCUCAACGGUUUCCGCCCGCUGUGGAACGAUCACCACGUCAUUCACUGCUUUAACAAAUGGUACAGGUCCAUCGCCUGCUCUGCCGACAGUACGGCCGAGGGCUACCAGGAGCCGUUUGGUAGUGUGCCCAUGAGCGAGGUCCGUCGCGCGAGCUGGGCCAGCAGCGUGCCGCGGUGCCGCGACUUUCGCGCUCUUGUGCGAUGGGCUGAGGACCCGAUACGUGCCCUGCCCUUCCACUAUGACUCGGGUCUCAACGUUACGGCUGUGUCUAGGUUGUCGAAGGAGUGUGACUUGACCAAAUGCCGUGAUGAGGGUGGUUGGAAGGGGCUGGACUGA